UUGCAAGAGGAGAAACAUACACAAUCAAAAUGGAAACAGAGCUCCCAGAGUCUCCUAUAAACAAGGAAUUGGGAAUGUUUAUGGUGAAGUUACAGCUGUACAACAAGGCAGGAGAAUUUGUAGCCAGCUCCUCACGAUCUAUAAUCCUGCACUACAGAUCUGAAUUACUGAGGAUCCUGGACACCUUUGUGUUCUCGCCACUCCUUCUAUCAGGCUUUGCUGAACAAAAACAGUCAUUAACUGUCGAGUUUUAUAACAGCUACAUUGAUGACUCUUACAAUCCUGCUGUUGGGGCUUAUAUAGAGGUCCAGAAUAGACGGAUACAGAUUUACUCUGCCACACUCAAGAUACACGCUCACUUUAGUGGUUUAAGGUACAUGUUAUUCUACUGGCCUAUCCUUUCUGCCGCUAUAGGGACAAGUCUCAAUAUGUGUCUGCUUAGUUUCAUUACACUGCUGUCAUGGUACCAGCUUUACUAUGGCGGAGGGAAUGGAAAUUCUAAUUCAAUUGAGUAUGAGCCAGAGAUCAGACGUAAGGAUAAAACUGCAAUGGAAGAACGAAGAAAAAAUAUACGAGAAAUGCUUGCCAGGGAAAGACAAGCAACAGAGGCACAAAUGCAGGGAAGACCUCCACCAGAUCAGCAAUACUCAAAGUUAGAGACAAUGGUUAGCAGAGAAGUAGAAGAGGAUACAGAGGAGAGUCUAAUAACCUCAAAGACCAGUGAAAACUCUGACAGUGAUUCAAUCCUACGUCACAGGCAUCAUGUAACCUCUUCAUGAUAGUUCAUAUUCUCUUGUUUGUUAUUGUUUCACUUGUUUUCAAUUUUAAAUACUUUUUUUAAAGGAGAAAAGAACCAAUUUUGUUUUCAUCUGAUACUAGCAUAUAUUUUUCAGUACAAAUACCUUUGAGUAGCAAGAUUUUUUUCACAUGGCUUAACUCCACAUUAAUAAUUAAUAUUUUUGUAGAUGUACUGUAUGAGCAUAAUUUUUAGCAAGGAUUUACUUUGCUGAGAUUGCUAAAAUUGGAUGUAGCUAAAAAUUAAUUGUGUUUAUUCGUAACUGCUUCUUGAUUGAGCAUUUUAAAAUCACUAAAAUUACUUCUCGCUAAAAUAAAAUACUAAUUUUUAAGGACAGAUAGCUAAAUUUGCGUCUCACUAAAAUUUCACUUUAAUUAGGGCCCCGCAAGGAUAUACGGGUGCCCUAUAGUAAUCACUCUGUCUGUCUGUCUGUCCGUCUGUCAUUCUUCCGUCCACAAAUUUUCUGUUUUUUCCUAAUAACUUUUUUUAUGGUAGUCCAAUUAAGUUCAAAUUUGGUAUGGUAGUUCAGUAGGCAAAAAGACGUAUUUUGAUGCUAAGUUUGUUUCUCUAUGUCCUCUGGUUUGGAGCUGGGGUGGUGGGGUAGAUUCCUUAACUUUAUAUAAGAAUGAAUUGGCAAAGAGAGAUAACUUCUGAAAAUGUUCCCAUUGUAAACUGAAUACUGCAAUGAAUGAGUCCCUUGGGAUUAAUUAGCUUUCCUCCUGAAGAAAAUCCAAAGCAUUAUCUUUAUCUGUCACAUUGAGAUUAAUUACCACCUCUGUCUACAAAUGAAAUUUGUUUUAAAGUUAAGUCCAUUUUAAGUGGAAGUAUAAAUGUUUUUACUUUAUUUUUGUUGCAAUACCAUACACAAUGAGUUCUGAUUUCAUUGAA